AGGGCAUCACUUCCACGUAGGAAGCGCCGGCUACCUGUGUGGAGAGCCGAGAGAAUGCAAUCGCCAUUACGAGAAAGUAAUAGAGCGCAUGUGCAAGUUGCAAAAGCGCGCAAGUCACUGCCCAGCCCGGGGCGUCAUACGGGGCAAUGGCCAAGCAGCCAACUAGCGGAGUACAUGCCGCCAUAGGGUGUAUUUAAGCAGCAUCAUUCUGGGGCUUGGGGUCUUCCUCCUUUCAUCGCUUGACUAUAAUAAAGUCUGCUGCAGAAGGAUCCUGUUGUCCGUGUGCGUUCUUGCUGGCGAGACGAUUACGCGGGUCGCAACAUCUGGUGCCGAAACCCGGGACGCUUGCUGGGAGCCUGCUAUCGCCGGUGCCGAGGAGACCCCCCUCCGCCGGGAGGAUUCAGAACUGCAGCAUUAGGGAAGAAAACAAUCCAUUCUGGGUACCGGAGCACCCGGCAGCUGAAGAUGAUCCUCCAACGAAUAUACCUGCAACUAAUUCCAGUUCUUGCUUGGAUCCUUCUAAAUCGGGCUCCUAGUAUUGUGGGGGUACAACGUUGGGCCAUUUUGUCUGCAUUCCCGAAGCCUAUGCCGGUCAGACAUAAUUCAUUGACUUUUCCAAAAUUUUUCUCGUCCAAUAAAGAUUUAGGCCUGCCUUAUUUGCCUUAUGAUGAGACUGAGGCAUCAUUAGGGGAAAGCCAUGACUUUCCAGAAGCUGGCUCCCUUUGCUUUCAAAUCGAGGAUUCCGUAGGAGAUUGUGUUCGGCUUACCAAAAGGAUUCUUGGGUCAUUUAGCCAUAAGGAUUGGAAUUGGGAAGUUAUGACCCAAAAGAAAAGGGGUAAUAACGACACCAUCGAUGUCUAUUAUACCUUUUGGCAAAAGGUCAUCUGGAUAAACGGUUCCUUUUUAGGACCAAAUUUUUUAGAUAAAAAUAGACCUCUUCAACCUAGGGUGGCCCCUUCAUGUGCAUGGGAGGAUGAUGAGACCAUCCCUCCAUGGUCCGACUGCCAGUCGCGUUUUACUCGAUGGGCUGACAAAAAUAAAACCUUUUCCCUUUCCCCAAAUAUGUUGAUGGAUCCUACAAAAGAUUGGGUAAUGAAAAAGGGGCUCUUUAUACAACAUCGAGAUAUGACCCCUUUUCAUAAAUGGGUACUUUGUGGGAUAAAUGGUAGUUGUACGGACCUCAAUCCUCUGGGAUUCAUUAGUGGUGGUACUGUAGGGAAAUCGAUCGUCAUGGGCUCCCUAAAUGGUACUGUGUUAAAAAAGGAUAUGGAAAUGGUGAAUGCGACAAGGCAAAUUACCAAUUGGAAUAGAACCAUUACAAAUCAGACGGCUUUUCUGCCUAGUCCUGUCUGUGUUUAUCCCCCUUUUUUACUUGUUUUGUCCAAUAAUUCUUUUAGAAACUGUACCAAUGAGACAUGCUGGAUGUCGCAAUGUUGGAAUGCCAGGCGUUACGCUCGUGCCCUGGUUGUUAGAGUCCCGCAGUGGAUCCCAAUCCCUGUGGAGACUCCAUCCACCCUCUCCCUGUUUAGACAAAAGAGAGAUUUUGGCAUCAACGGAAAUUGGUCAAAAAGAUUUGAAAAAACGCUUGAAGAGCUAAGGGCGGCGGUGGUGACCAUUAAUUCUACUCGAGUGGAUUUAUCGCUUACAGAUGGCUUAUUAUCCUGGGUUUCUUCCGCCUUUUCUUAUUUUAAGGAAUGGGUGGGCGUUGGAAUGUUUGGUGCAGCAUUAUGUUGUGGCUUAGUGUUCUUACUUUGGUUGGUCUGCAAGCUCAAAGCCCAACAACAACGUGACAAGGUCGUGAUCGCGCAAGCACUUGUGGCCUUGGAGCAAGGAUCAUCUCCCAAAAUUUGAUUAUCCAUGUUAAAAAAUUAAAACAGACUGAGACACUCAGUCGAUGCACCUCAGGGGUUUUACCCAUUGCACUGAGUCGAUGAGUGAUCCAAGUCUCAAUGUUUGCCUUUGCCUAAGCGGCUAUGGUACCUAAAUAGGAGGGUGACAGCCCUUGCACUCCCUGGAAUUUUAUUCCAUUGCACGGGAAUGGGUGUCACCUCCAUUUUUAAUCUUCUCCCUUAGCCCCUGCACCCAGAGGACUUGUCUCCAUUGCACCUGGUGGGGUAAGGGAGUAAUCUAAAGCUCUUGAUCGCUUACUCCCCAAAGAAGGAGUUCACUUGAUCGAGCUUAGGGCUUUCUUGUGCCGCGCUUACAAGGCUUUGAGGCAGUUUUCAUUUAUUAAAACAAAAAGGGGGAAAUGUGGAGAGCCGAGAGAAUGCAAUCGCCAUUAUGAGAUGGCGCCGACAUCGGCCCUAGUGAACAAGUAAUAGAGCGCAUGUGCAAGUUGCGAAAGCGCGCCAAGUGACUGCCCAGCCCGGGGCGUCACUGCCCAGCCCAGGGCGUCAUACAGGGCAAUGGGCAAGCAGCCAACCAGCGGAGUACACGCCGCCAUAGGGUGUAUUUAAGCAGCAUCAUUCUGGGGCUUGGGGUCUUCCUCCUUUCAUCGCUUGACUGUAAUAAAGCUUGCUGCAGAAGGA